AUGAUAAUUAUUGAUAUUAGAUGGGGUAUUAAUAAACUUGAAAAAUUUAUAGCACCACUUGUAGCGAAAGGAUUAGCAGCAGUGAUUCUUUUUGGGGUCUUAAAUGGAUCAAAAGAUGUAUAUGGAACAAAGGCAGAUGAUCCGGAAGGACCGGUGAUUCAAAGUAUACGUCUUUUGAAAAAUCGAUUUCCGGGACUUUUUGUUAUAUGUGAUGUAUGUUUAUGUGAAUAUACAUCACAUGGCCAUUGUGGAUGGCUUUAUGAGGACGGAACAAUUAAUAAUAAAGCAAGCGUUCGACGUUUAUCAGAAAUAGCGGUUGAAUAUGGAAAAGCAGGUGCAGAUGCAGUAGCACCUAGCGAUAUGAUGGAUGGAAGAGUUCUUGCAAUAAAAAAAGGAUUAGUAGAAGCGGGUAUAUCACAUAAAAUCAUGGUUAUGAGCUAUUCAGCUAAAUUUGCAUCAUGUUUAUAUGGACCAUUUCGAUCUAUAGCGAAUUCAGCACCUUUAUUUGGAGACAGAAAAUCUUAUCAACUUCCACCUCCAUCAAAAAAACUUGCACAUCGUGCUAUUAAACGAGAUAUUUCUGAAGGGGCUGACUGUAUUAUUAUUAAACCAGCUACAUUAUAUCUUGAUAUUAUUGCAAGUGCAUCUGAAAUAGCAUCUGAUUUAUUAAUUGCUACAUAUCAUGUUUCUGGGGAAUACGCAGCCAUUCAUGCUGCUUCUAAAGCAGGUGUCUAUGAUUUAGAGACAAUUGUUAAAGAAACUUUAAUAUCUUGUCUACGAGCAGGAGCAGAAAUUAUUAUUACUUAUUUUACACCAGAUUGUUUAGAUUGGUUGGAAGCAUAA